AGUACAUUUAGAGGUUUUCGACUCACUGCAACAAGACAUUGACAACGAUAGACGGUAUAUGGACCCUCGCAACGACACAAACUCUAUCCUGCUUGGUCACGCGCCCGACUACCUACCCUAGGUGCACUAAUUCACACAGUGAAUAUCACAUUUGCAGCAGACACCAUGAUGAUAGUGCCGAGCCCCCAGAAAAAAACGCCGGCAAAACCACCGCCAAACAGUCCCGAACGGGAAAGGGAAAAGGCGGCCAGGCGGACGAAGCCGGUGGCGCCCUUCUUCGCUCCCAAAAAUCUCGCACCCUCGAGCGACAUCCCCUCGUCGUCGCCUGCCUUUGCGACCCCGGCGCACACGCUACGGCCGUUCCAGGCGCCCGCACCCGCAAAGGCUGCUAUUCUGCCUAUCAUCCUUCCGCCGGCCACCCUACGGCCGCUCGCCUUCCGCACCUUCACCAAGAAGCACAACCUGACCCUGACGUCGUCAGCCCUGCAAGAGCUCGCUACUUUUAUCGGGAGACACUGCGGCUCGGGAUGGCGCGAGCAGGGCCUCGCCGAGAAGGUCCUCGAGGAGGUCUCACGCGCCUGGAAGAACCGCAAUGGCGGCGUUAUUGUCGACGGCAGCAGUGCUGAGCUGAAGGACAUCCUUAAGACGCUCGAGGGGAACAUGAGCGGUGGCAAGAUCAUCACCGGGUCCCGCGGUAUAAGCCGCCAAAACAGUCUCUUGCUGGAGCCCGCCGACGACGCCGACCACUCCAAGACGCGUUUGGGUCUGAGGCCGACCGCUUCGCUCUUGCGCAAUGACAGCCAAGGCAGCAUGGGCAUGUCCAACCUAGGCUUCGCCGACGAGCCAGACGACGGCGCCGCCGUCAAGGAUGCCCGAAGGUGGUUGAAGAUCGUACACGCUUUUGAGCAGCCGCGCUUCGUCUACAACGUCGCCAAGAAACACUUUGAGCGAGAUCCUUCCAAGCCAUCGAUACUCCCCGUUGCCGCCCACAGGACCGACAUGUUCCGCAACAGGUUCAAUGUAAUCCACCAGCGGCUUCUGCGUAACGAGGCUUUCCAAACAUCGGCCGUCGCCGGGAGCAGGGGCUCGACCCUUCGGCGUACGGCCUCAUCAGCGCUACAGUCUCACAAGAUCACCCCCAUUUCUAACCUCCUCGGCCGCCACGGCAGCCACCACAUGCUCCUUGGGAUGCUCGUCAUCUUGCCCACCGGCAGCCUAGCCAUCAGCGACCUAACAGGCACCAUCAUGCUCGACCUCUCCCACGCCGUCUCCAUUCCCGAAAAUUCAGCCUGGUUCACGCCCGGGAUGAUUUUACUGAUAGACGGCGUCUACGAAGAGGAGGAAGAAUCGAUGGGCAAGGGCCUCAGCGGAAGCAGCGGCGUGGGAGGCACGAUCGGCGGCCGCUUCCAGGGCUUCUUCAUCGGCCAGCCACCGUGCGAGAAGCGGAAUGCGACCUUGGGCGUCAGCGGACCCGACGGCGGUGCCGACCACACCAUCGGAGGCGGCUUUGGCUGGAUCGACUUUCUCGGCGUGGGCAGCGAGAGGGCCGUGGGCUCUCGCAUGCGGAAGCUGGAGCAGAGACUCCUGCGCCAGCCCGGGCUGGCCGAACCCGACGAUCCGUGGCGCGGGCGCGUGGUCAUUAUCGGCGAGCUCAACCUCGACCAGCCGCGCAGCCUGCAGGCCCUUAAGAAGAUCCUGGGCCUCUACGCCAGCGACCCCGAGGGGUCCACGCCCAUGACUUUUGUCCUGACGGGCAACUUCACGUCGCACGCUAUCAUGGCGCGUGGCGGCAGCGGCGGCAGCAUCGAGUACAAGGAGUUCUUUGACGCCCUGGCCUCGACGCUAGCCGACUACCCCAUGCUGCUGACCACGGCCACGUUUGUGUUUGUGCCCGGCGACAACGACGGCUGGGUGUCUGCCUUCUCCGGCGGCUCCGCGGUGCCGCUGCCGAGGAAGGCCGUGCCAGACCUGUUCACGUCGCGAAUCCGGAGGGUGUUUGCCGCCGCCAACUCGGAGGCGGGGCUGUCCAACAACAGCAGUACAAACGGCGAUGCCAAAAAGGGCGGCGAGGCAAUAUGGACUACGAACCCCAGCCGCUUGACCCUGUUUGGCCCGUCCCACGAGCUAGUCCUGUUCCGUGACGACAUCUCGGCCCGUCUCCGCCGCGCCUCGGUGCGCCUCAAGACCAAGGUCAAGGAGCCGACCGCAGCAGGCGACGAGGACGUAGCCAUGGUCGGGGCCGUAGCGGAAGCCGACGUCAUGGACGUCGAUACGGAGGAUAAUAAUAAUCCUCCCGGCGGGCGGCGGCAGCAGCAGUCGGACACAGCAGAAACAGCAGAGGUGCCGUACGACGUCGGCGCCGCGCGCAAGCUCGUCAAGACGCUUCUCGACCAGGGCUUCCUGGCGCCCUUCCGCCAGGCCGUCCGCCCCAUACACUGGGACUACGCUGCCGCCCUCUACCUGUACCCGCUGCCCACGGCCGUCGUGCUCGCCGACACGACGGCCCCGCCCUUCUGCAUCACAUACGAGGGCUGCCACGUCAUGAACCCCGGCAGCGUCCUCGUCACGGGCAAGAAGGGCGCCGCGCGCUGGGUCGAGUACGACGUCGGCCGCGUCGGGAAGGUGAGAGAGUGCACUUUUUAGAAAAUUAUUAUAUACCUAUUUUCUUUUGUUCUGUUAAGCUUUUUGGGAUAGCAAGAGACAGGCGAAUGGUGUGAGGGGGGAGUGUGGGCUUGGAGGCAUUUAAAUAAUGAUCAUGGUUAGCGAAACGCGUUGCAUGCAUUUCAAGGGGGAAAUCUUGU